UUUUAUUCCGCGUAAAACUUCAGCACUAAACAAAAAAAAGGAAAUUGAGUCCUGUUUAUGUAAUAGUCUUAAGUGGACCACUGAGCCAACGACUACGCUGAGGUGGGCAUUUUCAACCAUAAAGGAUAAAGGUCGGUCUCCAUGGCUUAGAGAGUGAACACAAAGUCUUGUCACCCUCUGUUUCGUCCCUCACUUACCAGCAUUAAGGGAUCCACGUGGAGGAUUGCGCCUGGACCGACCUGCUGCUGCCCCUCUCCUGCCUGCUGGUGGUGGCCAGGGCGGACCCCGCUGACCCCUCGGUGAGGAGAUGGAGGUCCGGGGGGACUCUGCCAUGCUGGGCCUGCUGGCGUCCAGCCCGCAGAGCGAGGCGGUGACCCACGAGCUGGAGGAGUUGACCCUGCAGCCCAACCACAGCCUGCCUCCCCUCAACGAGCGCAAGAACGUGCUCCAGUUGAGGCUCCAGCAGAGACGCACGCGCGAGCAGCUCGUAGACCAGGGCAUCAUGCCACCCCUGAAGAGCCCGGCAGCGUUCCACGAGCAGAUCCGGAGCCUGGAGCGCGCCAGGACGGAAAAUUUCCUGAAGCACAAGAUCCGUAGUCGGCCCGAGAGGUCAGAGCUGGUCCGCAUGCACAUCCUGCAAGAGACGCUCGCGGAGCCCUCGCUGCAGGCCACGCAGCUGAAGCUGAAGCGGGCGCGACUGGCUGAUGACCUGAACGAGAAGCUGGCCCAGCGGCCCGGCCCUAUGGAGCUGGUGGAGAAGAACAUCCUGCCCGUGGACUCCAGCCUCAAAGAGGCCAUCAUCGAAACAUCCAGUGACAGUCUCCCCACCAUCGUUCCUCCAGAUGGGCAGAUGCCGUACCCAACGACGCUGGAGUUCGAGGAGGACAGCAGCGACGCGCUCUCGCCGGAACAGCCGGCCAGCCAGGAGUCGCAGUGCUCUGCCCCGUCUCCUGCAGACGUCAGGCUGCCAGAGACACCCUCUCCUGUAGCCACAGUACGGCCGAGUCCCCCGGUCCCCCCAGCGGCCGUGUCCGACUUCUUCAAGCCCUUCGCCAGCAGCCCGCCGCACCCCCCGGUCGCCCCCGCCGUCCCUCCGACGCCCACCACCCCCGCCCCGACCAAGCCCGCGCCCACGCUGGUGAAGCAAAGCCAGCCCAAGCUGCCGGGGGACAAGAGCCGCAGCAAGAAGAGCAAGGAGGCCAAGCCGCGCGUCAAGAAGCUCAAGUACCACCAGUACAUCCCGCCGGACCAGAAGCAGGAGCUGCACGAGGCGCCCAUGGACUCGUCCUACGCCCGGCUGCUCCAGCAGCAGCAGCUCUUCCUGCAGCUGCAGAUCCUCAGCCAGCAGCAGCAGCACUACAACUACCAGGCCAUCCUGCCCGCGCCGCUCAAGCCUGUAGUGGAUGGUCAGCCUGGCAGCGCGGCGGUGGCUCUGAACAGCACCAGCAGUCUGCCCGCCUCCAUCGUGGUGUCGCUGCCCGCGGCUGCUCCUGCCACGCCCACGGCCGCCCCCGCCAAACCCAACAGCAACACCAGCAACCGCAAGGUGGGCACGCUACCUGCCAACCUGGAGGAGAUGAAGGUGGCUGAGCUGAAGAUGGAGCUGAAGCUGCGUGGCCUCCCCGUCUCCGGCACCAAGACGGACCUCAUCGAGCGGCUCAAGCCGUACCAGGACGGCCCCGCGCCCCCUACCCCCGCCAGCGCCGGUGCCACCCUCGCCGCCAGCACGCCCAUGGAGGUCUCCAUGGCCGCGUUGUCUCCGGGCCAGCACGCCCCGACGGAGAGCAUGGCCUCCACGCCGCCCGUCUCGCCCAUGCCCACCGACCCCGGCAGGGACGACCCCGCGGGGGGCCCGGAGGGCCAGACGGGGGGGACGGUCAACGGUCCGGCGCGGGUGCCGGAGGAGCGCGACCGGCAGCUGCACGAGAAGGAGCGGCAGAUCGAGGAUCUCCUGCGCAAGCUGGAGCACGAGCAGCGGCUGGUGGAGGCGCUCAAGAUGCAGCUGGAGGUGGAGAAGAGGAGCGGCGUCAGCCCCAGCCAGGUGGAGCCUCCUCCGCCGCCCCCGCCUCCCCUGCCGCCUCCUCCUCCCUCUCUCUCCCUGAGCGCCUCCGACGCCAGCCCCCGCGGCCCCGUUCCCGUUCCCCUGUUCGCCGCCCUGUCCCCGGUAAAGACUGAGCACCACGCGCCGGCCAACUGCACGCUGGGCGGUCAGGGCUCCCCGCGCCUGGUCAAGCUGGAGGACGCUCACGCCGCCCAGGUCAACAGCAUCUCCCCAGCGCCCCAGGUCCAGGUCCAGGUCCAGCCCCAGCAGCUGCCCCAGUUCGUCAUCAGCCACCAGGGCAUGCAGCAGGUGCUGACCCAGCCGCAGGCCGCCCUCAUUGCCGCCCAGCACGCCGGCACGCCCAUCGUGCUGCCCGUCUCGCUGCCCAACAACGCGGGCACCAUCCAGCUGCCCACCGUCACCAGUGUCAAACUGCAGCCGAUCCUCCAGGCGACGGUGUCCCCCCAGACCCCCGGCCUGAUCCAGGCCACCGUGCCCCAGCUCCAGCCCCCCAAGGCAGAGAGCCCCUCGGCCCUCCAGCCCGGGCCGCUCUCCAACCACAACCACUUAGUACAGACACUGCCUGUGUGCACCACUGCUGGCUUCCAGCACUGCCUCACUGAGAGCCGGGUAGGCCCCGAGGGACCCCAGUGUUUCCUGAGCACCUCCCCAGACAACAGGCUGUCUCCCCGGGGCUCUCCUGGACACAACGUCUCCAACGGCCCUCUGAGCAAGUCCCCAGUCCAGCCCCAGCCCACCUUCAUCCUGCAGCCCACCACCUUCGCCAGCAUCCCCAAGAGCAAAGAGCCGCCGGCCUACGAGGACGCCGUCAAACAGAGCCGCAGCAUGCAGAACGCUGCUCUCGCACAGGUUCCCACGGCAACCAGCCAGCAAAUGGACGACCUGUUCGACAUCCUGAUCGAGAGCGGAGAGAUCACGCCCUUCAGUCCCCACGAGCCCUCGGCGGCCAAGCUGAUGCCCGUCACCGCCAGCGUCACCACGCUGCCCGUCAACACGGCGCUCUCGCGGCCGCCCGCCCACGUGCAGCUGGCGCCGCCGCCGCAGGUGCUGUGCGGCGACCCGAUGCCCGGCCUGGCGGCGCUGGCCUCCGACAACCAGCUGGAGGCGCUGCUGGACGGGGCGCUGCACGACGCCGAGCCGCGUCUCCUGGACGACCUCCACGCGCAGCUGAUGGGCGACGCCCAGCAACACCACCACCACCACCACCACCUGUCGCCGGGGACGACGACGGCGGCGGCGGGGAACGCGCACUCGCCCAUGGACACGUCGGACCUGGGCUUCAGCGAGAGCGGCUGCGGACCGGGCCCGUCCAGCUCGUCGUCGUCCUUCAGCCUGCAGGAGGCCGGCCUGGACAGCAUGGAGUGGCUGGACCUGACCAUGCCCGGGCCCAUGGGCACACUCAACCCGCUGGGCAUGGCCGCGGACUUCCUGGACACGCACGAUCUCCAGAUGCCCUGGGACUGAGGGCUUCGCCCCACCACCCCCACACACCCGCCCCCCCUCCCCCCUCUCUCCAUCUCUGUCAGUCUUUCUUUUUUUUACUGCUCUCUCUCUUCCUCAGCUGCAUUCACAUUGGCCUUGAGGGAGGUGCUGGAUUUGUACUGGAGAGGGUCGUUGGGUGAGUUGGGUUGAGUUAAGCUCAGCUGUGCUGUGGAUGAAGUGUGUGUGCGUGCGUCUCCCAAGUGACCAUGCCAAUCUUCAUACUGUAAGAGACCCACUCACAUUUUCUGCCUGCUUGCCCCCGCCAACCUUUACACACACACACACACACACACACACACACUGCUCACUUCCUUACACACAUCCAGAGCUAGAGGGUAUGUCAGCACCCUUGAAUUGCCUCCCUCUGUUGGGCACCUAGUGUCCCUCAGUGGGGCAGAAGUGCUCUCAAAUCUCACCGAUCACCUUGCAGUCUGACAACACUUAAUAAUUCAUUCAUGCUCUGACAAGCUGAUAAGGGAGGGCUUCUCAUUUCCUUCAGACACAGUGGGCUGAAUGCCACCCUUGUGUGGCACAGACCAGGCAAAUCCUUAAAGGGGCUAGGCAUGGCAGACUCCGCUUUUUUGAACCAUAUAAGAUGGCACAGCCACACAACAGCAAUCAACUUCUCUUUUAAGGCUGGAGAAGCUCUGUGGUGGAGUUGCAACAACAAAGAAACCCAAGACCUACGAGGACUUGAGCGUCUGAGUUUAGAUGUUACAAUCUCUAAACAUCAUCAUCAUGCCUGAUGCAUCCGUCGAGUGGUGUGUUCCAGACGGCGAUGAACGACCAAGUGUGGUUUCAGGAGAGACGCAACAAAUGUUUGACUGUUUUCAGAUGAAUGUUCUCGACUAUGUCUCAACAGGGAGAGACAGCCGCGUCGCUGUAAAGAAAGGAAACUGCUACAUUUGCAGCAAAAUACAAACCCAUUUUUGGGUUGUUUACGAUGAACACAUUGAGGGAUAAAAACAACAACAACAACAACAACAACAACAACAAAAAUGAAAAAUGCUUGCCAACAUGCAAAGCUGAACACCCCCUCCAUGAUAGACUGUCCUGCGGGGUGGUUUGGACUGUCCGUGCCAUACAGAACAAGACUGAUUCUCAGCUAAGAUGGAGGUCUAUCGGCAUCUCAGUUGUGAAGAAGGAUACAGGAACUGUGUCUACUGUUCACUUUAGCUGUGGUAUUUGAAGGUCUCUGCGUAAACCACAGGAGUAAAUCAAGGAGAGCAUAAACGUACAGUACAGUACAGUAUGUUGGCACACGAAAUUAACCACAGCUUCACCCACACACAUUCUCCACUGCUCCCAACAGUUUUCCAUACAUCGCCGUGUCUCCUGUUACUUGACCAUGGAGACAUCUCCGUUUUCCAUUAUUAUUUUUUUUGUUUUUGUUUAAAGUUUCCAUUUCUUUUGUUUUUGUUUUUGUUUUUGUUUAUCCUGCAUCUGAGUGGAUGGAUAAAUUUCAGAGCUCAUCGCCUUCAGCUGGAGCCGUGUGCAGAGCAAGUGCCGACCGACCGACCAAUAGGGACGGUUUCUCUGGCAACACCACUACACCCCUUCAUCACUAAAAAAAAGAAAAAAGAAAAAAAUGUCCUCACUUGCACACGUCACGCUUCCUCAUAGUAGUAGUUAUUGUUCUUUUGAGUGUGUGUGUGUGUGUGUGUGGGCAGUCUGCACGCUCGUUUCACCUGCGUUAUGGCGUGCAGACGAGAGGGUUGCACUGCAGGUGAGGCAGAUAAUGGGCACGCUGCAUACCUCAACCACUGAACCUUCACUGAGCUGGCAAGAGCACACAGGGCAUGAACCAUCUAUCUCUUUAGUUUCUCCUUUGAUUUUUGUAGUUUAACUGACUUAACCAGAAGGACUGUUUCAGCUGCUGUAGAUCAAUGGCAUUUGGAGGACUUUAAUGUAAAUACAGGCAGGCUUCUUGGAGGACGAAUUUGCUUUAAUUUGUGUGUGUGUGUGUGUGUGUGUGUCUGUGUGUGUGUGUGUGUGUGUGUGUGUGUGUGUGUAUGUUGUCCGGACCAAUCAUAGUCUCUAAAGGAUGGACAAAUCUGUCAUUGUCUGUAAGAGAUGUGCCUCCUAAAUAGCAAGAAAUUUCAGCCAACGUGCUGCCAUGGAAUUUGUAGUGCACUACCAUGUUUGUUUAAAUUCACAGUCAAUCAAGUAAGGCCGAGACCAAAUCUGGCCGGACAUCUGACUGGACAUUUGAGCUUCACUUUAUAGAAUUGAUGUUUUCAAACUCUACUGACAGAUUUGCAACUCGAAACUUCUGGGUCCUUUAGAAACACUCACUUUCCCUUCUAUAUGCUGUUGGUCGCAUCUAAUGUGGUCCUGAUGACGGAGAUAGUGCUGGUCACCCUUGGCAGCUCCAUGACUUUUUCUGAUAGGAAGCGCCACUCCGUCACAGGGGUCAUGUAUUAACAGCAAUACCAAGUCACGCACACAUACCAGCACACAUCCCCAUGUGCCAUGAACAAAGACACCCACCAGAGCAAGGAGGUACAAUGGAUUUGACUAUAGGCAGAAGGGGAUUAUUGGUGAACGGUAACAAACCUAUCCCGUAGAAGGAAAAGAGUUAAUCCCCUUGUGGUUAUAUUCAAAUCCAUUGUACCUGCUUGUCCCAGUGUGUGUGUGUGACUGCGCAUGGAUGCUUGGAUGUUUUCACAUGGGUAUGGGUGCUAGUGUGUGUACGUAACUUUGUAUUGCAUUCACCUAGGUUUUUGCCAGCUCAUUACUACCCCCACCACUUUCAGCAUAGACGACUAUUUUUAGUUAAAGAAGAACGACGUGCUAAUUGACUGGAAAGAAUUUGCCAGCGAGUACUUUCAGCUAAAUGUCAACUCCAUGUAGAACUGAGGGUCUGUGUGUCUCCUGGGACGAGUGUCACCUCCAUGCCAAACAGUAGGCCAUCAUUUGACCUAUCAAACAUUUUAAAGAUGCCGUCUUUAAUGAUAAUUUAUUGAUUAUGUAGGCUGACUAAUAACUGCCUUGCUAACCUCUAAGGUGGUUGUAUUGAAAACAGACGAUUGGGGACACAGUCACUGUGUCCUGAGUAAGAAUGAAUCACCUUCACCCAUACAUCAUCAUCCUUGUACUGAUCUGAACAUUUUGCAUCAGUACUUCCAUUAGAAGUAAUAAUAUGCAAAACGUUUUCUUGGGGAUGGGGUGGGGUGGGGGUUAGAAUGCUGACGAAGAUCCUAAGAUCUCUUUUCCUCUGUUCAGAUAGAGGUUUAAGCAGUCAUGGUAACAGUCAAUGACUAAUUGUAAGCGCUUCGACACUGAUUGUGAGCAGUCUAUACUCGUGCAUGAGAGCAUGCAAGCAAACCUUUACCUGCCCCUAGGCAUCACUAGCUCCUGUAGACAUCCCGGCAAUUGCGCUUACCUCACCUCCAUUCGGAAGCAAUACUUGAUACAGUCACCUGAGAGUUCUACUUCUACUGCUGCUGCCACCUCUGGCAGGCAAACUCAGUCCUGCAAGGCUUCGAUUGGACCAUCACGCAGACUACGAGCACUUUUUUGCUGCAGCAAUCAUGAAAAGAAACAAGCACCUUUAGUAUUGAUGUCGUUUUUUGUCAAGGUCUUGUCUUUCUGUCUAUGUUUUGGAAGAGGUGCGAUGUUUGUGUGUAUGUAUGUAUGUUUGUAUGUAUGUGUGUGUGUGUGUAUGUAUGUAUGUAUGUAUGUAUGGUUGUUUGUAUGUAUGUAUGUAUAUGUGUGCAUGUCUGUGUUUGAGCGCGUGGAUUGUGCUUUGGUCUGUUUUUUUUGCUAAAGCUUGCGGUCAUCACAGUAGCUCUGUUUGUACAGUCAUGUUCGGCUCUGUACUGUUGUUUACCCAACGCAAUUUACAAUGUCACGCCCUGGAAAGCUGGGCUCCGAGGUUGGUAUGAUGCCAAAUACAUGCUUGUUACACGUCAAGAGUCUAUAGCUCAUAUCUAGAUACAAAAGACCCAUUGACGGGUCUGAUAUCAUGAAAGAUCAUACCUAGAGGCCUUCCCAGACGACAAGCCACAUUGCCCUGCCAUAGUGCAGGUUGGGGGAUUGCCACGCAUGUUUGUUAUUUGUGUUGCUACAAGGUAAAUAAAAACAGAAACAAAAAUAGAGCCAUAGUUGCCAAAGAGAAAUAUUGGAAAAUAUCUUGGGAUGGUCAGUGAUAAACUUUUUUAAAUCAUUGUUUAUAUUAAAAAAAUGUUUUGAAAGAAAGAAAAAUAUCAUAAUAAAUGGUUUUAUGGUAUUGUCCAUGGAUGAUGUUUAUCCUUUUUUAGACGUAUGAAAAUAUUUCAUAUAUUGGUUUGGCUACAAACUGGUCCGAAACGCACGAAAAGGAAAGCGACACCAAGUGGAAGGGAGCGUCAGGACGAGGCGAGCAAAGCAAUAAGUCUCUCCACUGCGUGGCCCUCGCCACCCCGCCCCCCCGGCUUCAUAUCAUCACACUGCCUUCGCCUCCUAUCAAGAGCCACGCAAACAAAUCACCAAAUCUGGUUGUGUUCGGUUGAACGACGACGAGAAGGGACUCCACUCGUCUUGUCUGUGUCCAGCCUCUCUUCUCCCUGCUGCUUGGACCACUAGGAGUUAAAGCAACCCCCCCCCCACCCCACCUCUACCCCUUCAUUUUUACAUUGUUUUGUAUUAUUAUAAAUACUGUUAUGGUUUUGUCAAUGUUUUUUUUUUUUUUACUAUCUGCCAUCUCUGUCCUGCUUUCAGUCCUCUUCUAGCCUCCUGUCGUCGGUCUGUGAUGUGUGUUUCUAUAGCAGAGGUGGAGAAAGGGAAGGAGGAAGGGCAGAGAGAAAGAGAGGGAAAGAGAGAGAGAGAGGGCAGACCCAGGCCAGCUCUGUAUCAUCUCUUUCCUCUGAGAGAGGCUGGAUCAUCCGUAUGCCAUACGUUUUGCACAUUGUGUAUAUAUUUGAAUGGAUGUACUGUAAUGCAUAUUUUUAUACAUGUUUACGCAUCCAUGAGCUCUUCUGUGUAAAUAGUUCUAAGGGAUGGAAAGAAAAACAAAAUGAAACAAAAAAAACAAUCUAUAUAUGCUGUUAUGUGUCAAUAAAAUUUGAUGUACUGUGAA